AUGGUGCUAACCUCAAUUCUGUUUCUGCGGCAGAGCCAUCUGACAGCCACGCUUGUGACGUCCAUCCUGGGAGCGGUGAUCGGCUCCCUGCAGAUUGGUUACCACACUGGCAACAUCAACGCUCCAGCCAAGAUUAUCGAAGAGUUUUUCAACAAUACCUGGAGAGCCAGACACAACCAAUCAAUCUCAGAUCACAGUCUUACUUUCUUGUGGUCACUCUCUGUCAGCAUUAAAGAUUUUGGAGCCUUACUGGGCUCGCUGGGAGUCAAAUAUUUGGCAGAUUCUUACGGCAGGCGUAACUCCAUCCUGAUAGUUAACGGUUUGUCUGUGGUCGGAGCAUGUUUGAUGUUUGCCUCCAAAGCCAGCGAGUCAUUUGAGGUCCUCAUCCUAGGGCGACUGGUUUUUGGUCUGUUCUGUGGCCUGGUGAUGAGCCUUAACCCCCUCUAUAUCCAGGAAGUUUCCCCCACCAACCUCAGAGGAGCAUUUGCUACACUGAACCAGGUGUCUUUCGCUGCAGGCAUCCUGGUGGGUGUGGUGGCUGGUCUCGAGAUAGUGUUGGGCACAGAGCAUGACUGGGCCAUGAUGCUGUCCCUGUCUCUCAUCCCGGCCCUCACACAGUAUGUGAUCCUACCCUUCUGUCCUGAGAGUCCCCGCUAUCUGCUCAUCAACCGGCAAGAAGAAAUCAAGGCCAAAAGUGCCCUGCUGAGGCUGAGAGGCAGAGCUGAAAAUGUAUUUGCUGAGCUGGAAGAAAUGAAAGAGGAAGCUGCUCACACACAGAGUCAUGUCACCAUCCAGGAUUUCUUCAAGAAACGCAGCUACAGGCAACCGAUCAUUAUUGUCCUGAUUGUUAGCCUGGGAAGCCAGCUCUCUGGAUUCAAUGCGAUAAUCAACUAUUCCACCAAAAUGUUUCAGGCCAAGUUUGACCAGGCCAAAUAUCUCACACUGGGUGUUGGGACCGUCAAUCUGACGUUCACUUUGGUAGCAUUCUUCCUGAUGGAGAGGGCAGGGAGGAGGCGGUUGCUCCUGACUGGUUUCAUCUCCAUAGCAGUGUGCAACUUAAUCAUGACCGUAGUCGAUUCUGUCCUGCAUCUGGUCCCAGAACUCAGAAGCCUACAAGUGCUGCUGGUUUUCUGCCUGACUUCAGCCUAUGAGCUGGGCCCAGGUCCGAUCUCCUGGUUCAUUGCUGCCGAGCUGUUCGACCAGUCUGGCAGACCUAUAGCCAUGGCCUUCAGUAGCCUGCUCAACUGGGGAGGGAAGUUUGUUCUGGCACUUCUCUUUCCUCCAUUACUGAAAAUCUGUGGUGCUUAUGUCUACCUCCUUUUUAUGAUCGUGGCUCUGCUCGCCUUCACCUUCACCUGGAUUCGCCUCCCGGAAACAAAGGGUCGUACAUUUGAUGACAUCGCAGAGGAGUUCAGAGGAGCAGAGGGCAUCCCGUUGCACAAUAAGACUGUAUUCAACACUUUCACCUGA